AAGCGGCGCGACAAGCAGGCCUGGGUACCUGAAAGGUGAAGCUGAAAGCCCGCGCGGUCGGGCCGCCCACCGAGCGGCCUUCGGGCCUUCGCCAGUUUCACCGUAGCUGCCGAGGCGACCCGUCGCGCGCCGACAUCUUGCCGCAUGUUCGUUCAUCCGUACAGUGCGCAACUUUAACAUGGUCAACAACUCGCCGAAAUUAUACGACAAAAGUGACUAAUGAGUUCUACGGAACGCCGAACAAAACGCUUAGACUUCGGAUCUGAAAAUUGCAAUGGUGUUAGUGAAAUGUGAUUAAUUGCUAACUAUUCUGAUGGUGUUGGGCGAUGCGUGCGUGCGCGCGCUACACGGGGCCACGCUGCUGGCGCUGCUGGUGGGCCCGCUGGCGGCGCCGCGCCCGGAGCCGUGCGCCGGCAGCCCGCUAUGCUCCUGCCGCGACAAGCACAUGUCCUGCAUCGCGGUGCCGCUACACCGCUUCCCAGAAUGGCCUCAGAUAGAGUUACAACACUUGGAUAUAAGCAUGUCAAAUCUGGAAGUCCUAUCAGAGAGCGCACUGGAUGGCCUAAAACUUCAAACCCUAGUAUUAGUAGCAAACAAAUUACAUAACAUCGAACCACAUGCAUUUAGUUCCAUGGCUGUUACACUUGCCUCUUUAGAUCUCGGAUACAACGAUUUCACAGAAAUACCGCAACAAGGCUUGAAAGAUUUAAAAGUUUUAAAUUGGUUGAAUCUGCAGAACAACAACAUAGCACAUGUCGAACCUGAAAUUCGAUGGCAUCACUUAGAAGACACAUUGACGAGUUUAUCUUUGAGCAACAACCAAGUGUGCGCACUGCCGCCGCGCGCGCUGAGCGCGCUGCGCCGCCUGCUGCAGCUGGACCUCGAGGGCAACCUACUGCGCUCCAUCAGCCCGGACUCCUUACCUCCCUCCCUAACCCUCAUCAAGCUCUCCAAUAACUUUUUACACAAAUUCUCCUGUGAUUUAGUUUAUAAUCUCCCUAGGCUACAAGGUAUACAAUUACGACAUAAUUUUAUUAACUUUGACCACAAUUCCACUUGUUCGAACAACAAAACCAAAAAAAUAGAGAAACUAGACUUGAGUAAUAAUAGACUAAAUGACUCUACCGAUAUACUUAUACUCCAAGAAAUCCAAAUUAGGCAAAUUAUUUUAGAUCUCAACGAACUAACAAUAGUUCCUAAGUUAGUGUAUGCUAAGAAUCGUGUAGAGAGAUUGUCUAUCUCGUACAAUAACCUUAAAUAUAUUUACAAUGACGUAUUUUUAUCAUUGAAAAACUCAUUGGAGCACUUAGAAGUGGAGCACAACAAAUUGUCCCACUUGCCGGACAGCCUGGCGCAGGUCACGCGGCUCCGCCAUUUAUCUCUGGCGUACAACCAGUUGGAGGAGUCGCCGCCCCUCCCCGGCCGCCUCCAGACGCUUUCUCUGGCCGGCAACUUUUUAACUGCCAUGCCCUCUUCGCUUCAAACACUUGAACCGGGUUCCAUUCGUUACCUCGAUUUAAGCUAUAACAGGAUAUCUAAUUUGAUGCCCGAUGAAUUCCGAGACUGGGCUAUUGCUCUAGCGACUAUCAAUUUGAGAGGAAACAGGAUUGCACAGAUUUAUAAGAACGUUUUCCCAGCUAGUAUGCCAGUAAAAGAAAUUAAUUUGAGUUUCAACGACUUGUACUACGUUCAUCCGCAAUCUUUUUCGAAUGUUACUAGCUCCUUGCAUGUUUUAGAAUCAUCUUCCACUCUAUUUAGUGGUUAUUUUCCGUUCGAAAUAGACGAAGGUCUAGUAAACCUUAGUUGGCUUUCUUUUGAUAACAAUGAUUUUCAUAUACUGAGAUUAACAGACAUAGCGUUACUGCCGUAUUUAAAGUUUUUAAAUCUAGACUAUAACAGGAUCGUAGACAUAGUUAUCGACGAAAGUCAUCAAAAUGUCACCUUAGCUCUAAACAGCAUAAGAAUUUCCUAUAAUUUUAUAAGUUCAAUACGAGGCCGAACAUUUACGAAUAUGCCUGACUUGAGAAACUUAGAUUUAUCUUAUAACCGAAUCAAUAACUUAACUAAGCACAGUUUCACCAACUUACCGAACUUGAGAUAUUUAUCUCUGGCUGGGAACAUAAUCGAUUCGAUGGAGCCGGAAACCUUUGCUAAUUUGCCGAAACUAGAAAUAUUAGAGCUCCAAGGUAAUAACUUCACGUACUUUCCGCUUCAUUCGUUUCUCAACGUUUCUCAUGCCGAUAUUACGUUUACGUUAAAUGUCAGUAGAAAUAAUAUUAGAAGCAUAGAUGGCCAUUCCACAGUUUCCGUAAAUAUAUUUGACUGUUCACACAAUGAUUUGCAUGAAGUGCCAAAUAAUAUCUUCCUUGUAUUUGAGUCCACAAUACGACAAAUUAUUCUUUCGCAUAAUAAAAUUAUGCAUAUUUCGAGUGAAGCGUUUGGCCAAGCUGCUCAUUUAGAGAUACUAGAUUUGCAUAAGAACAAUAUAAACUCAAUUAAAAGAAAAUCUUUUAGUGAUUUGUUUUCAUUACAAAUAUUAGACCUUUCUCAUAAUGUCAUUUCCCAGCUAGCAGUGGAGCAAUUUAGCAAUUUAAAUAGAUUAAGAUACCUGAAAAUGGACCAUAAUAACUUAAGACUCCUUCCUAGAGAUGUAUUUAAGAAUACUAUGGUCGAACAUCUAGAUCUCAGUGUUAACGAGAUCUCAAUAUUCCCAAGCACUGCUCUCUCUCAGAUUGGCUUCACUCUCAGGUAUCUAGAUUUAUCUUACAACCGAAUUGAAUAUUUAGAUAGCAACAUAUUUCGUAACACACAGUUUCUAUUAACGUUGAACUUAGGUCACAAUUUACUUACAGUUUUAUCCGAUAACACUUUUUCCUGUCUCGGAGGUUUGAGUCAGCUCGACUUAAGCUUUAAUUCCAUAAAAGCAAACUUUAAAGAGUUGUUCCACAACCUCCCCAACUUGCGGCAUUUGAAUCUUGCAAAUAUAAGUUUAAAAUCAGUGCCUUAUUUACCAUUGACGAACUUAACGAGUCUCAAUUUAACUUCAAAUUUAAUUAACAGUUUUAAGGAGACUGACGUUAAACGGCUAGUGAAUCUUCGCCACUUAGACAUUAGCCAUAAUCGUCUUACCUCUCUGGUGCCAAAGAUGUGGUCGCACUUAAAUAAUUUAAAUAUUCUUGAUAUUUCAUUUAACCCUAUUAUAAAAAUCUCGCCAAGUAGUUUUAAAUGGUUGAGCAACCUAUCUCACUUAAAUUUGAUCGGUCUCAAGCAUUUAGAUAUAGUUGAUCAAGAUUCCUUCCGCCCCUUAAUGUCUCUACGGUCUCUGAGCAUACAGACGUGGUCCACCAUAAACCAUUCCACUUUUCGAAUCUCUAAUAUUACUUCGGCCCUUCCUUCCCUUUACAAGUUGAUUAUACACUGGACUGACGAUGUAAUGGACGAUCAGCUGCAUGGAAUUGAUGCAAGAAAUAUUCGUUACUUGGAAAUUCGAGGAUCGAGGCUGCGUAAAAUAUCAGACGAAGCCUUCGAGCCAUUUUCGAGCAGUCAAGAGAUGUUUAUUCGGAUAACAGCCACCUCCCUGGCGAAGUUGCCGACGGCGCUGAUGCGGCACCUCGGACAGGUGCCUCAGCUGGGCCUCGACUUGAGCUAUAACCAGCUCACCACACUAAAUCCGGCCAUUUUCUACCCGAACUUUACAAGCUGGAGUCAUGUAGCGACUAAGCUGUUGUCAGGCGGCUUGAUUCUGUCGGGUAACCCACUGCGUUGCGAGUGCGAGCUGGCGUGGCUGGGGGCGUGGCUGCGGCGAUGGCUGCAGGAGAACGAGGCAGGCGCGGAGCUGCGACGAGCCGUGCGCGGCGCCACCUGUAAGGAUCAGCUCGGCCGCCGCGUGCCGCUGCUGCAACUGCGCGCAGACGAGGCCGAGUGCCACGCCAGCGCUCUCUCCAGUGACGCGCAGCCAAAAUACACGCACGCAUCCUUCAUCCUCGCUUUACUUUGGACUCUUAUCUUCAGAUGAUGUUGUCCUAACUAGUCAUUAUUGUAGAUACUGUACAUAUAGUUUUAUCACAAUUUUAAUGAUAAAGUUUGCAUUUUGA